UCCUCAUUCUAACCAAAUAUAACCUUAAACAAAAAUACAGGUAUUCUAUUCUAUUUUACGGGACAUAAAUAUUAUAAAUAAACUGUAAACAUGAAUUUAAAUAUAUCUGGACUGGCAAAAUACGUUUGGCAAUCACAAGCAGUCGCUGGAUUUGGGUACCAACAAGUGAGAAAUAAAUGGGCAAAUGCAUUGAUGAUUCGUGAUGUCAAGAGGCGGCGAAUGAGUGCAGAAAACUUUCUCGAGAGGACUCGAAUUAACGCACUCAGGAAGAAUGAUAUUCUGCCAGUGGAGAUUAGAGAACUAGCUGACAAGGAUGUGAACAAAUUCGAGAUGAAUGCGAUUCCUCUCAGAAUUAACAAUAGAUGCGUAGUUACUUCAAGACCCAGAGGAGUUGUAAAGGAAUGGCGUAUGAGCCGCAUAGUGUGGAGACACCUUGCAGACUACAACAAGCUAUCUGGAGUGCAGAGGGCUAUGUGGGGAUAGACCAUCUUACUUAAUUAAUUGCUAUUAGUUGUUAUAUAGAUUUUAAAUAAAUUAUGUUGAUCUUA